CGAAACAUCUUAUGUACGACUUGGAUGGAACUUAAAAAGGGAAACCAUUCAUGGCUGCACCCCCGAAACCAUGGGAAAAUGCAGGGAUAAACUAUCAAAAUUCAGGGAGUUUGCCUGUAAAUAGCAUGUCAGGCAGUUUCCCAGGAAAUGCAGGCAGCUUGCCCCCAUGUUGUGCCCCAAGUGCAUCGGGGGGAAAUGCCCCUCCCCCAGUACCCUCACGACCGGUACAAAAUUCCAUGGGGAGUCGCUUCUCCUCACCAUAUGGUGGAUAUAGCAGCCUCUCUCCAUACAGCAGCUAUGGAAUGUCCGGUAGUGGAUACGGUGGAUACAGUCCAUACAGUGGAUAUGGAUCCAUGGGUUAUGGAUAUGGUGGGAUGGGGGGAUACAACAGAAUGGGUUAUGGUGAUGAUUAUGGACAAAAUAACAUAGCAAGACUAGCUGAGGAAAGUUCUAGGCCUGCAUUCCAGUCCAUUGAAAGUAUUGUUAAUGCAUUCACUUCAGUUAGUAUGAUGCUAGAUUCCACGUUUCAAGCAAUGUACAACUCAUUCCGAGCUGUUGUGGGGGUGGCUGACAAUUUCACUCGCCUCAAGUCUCAGAUUGGUCAAGUGUUGUCAGCUUUUGCAGUAUUUAGGUUCUUGAAAUAUCUGUAUCGUAAAUUAUUGGUGCUACUAAGAUUACGCCCCCAAGGAUACGCUGAAGAAGCAUGGGUUAAAGCAUCUGAUGUAUUCGGUCAACUUCCUGACGAUGGGGGGGCACCUAAAAAGAGCACCUGGCCUAUUAUGCUUUUCUUUGGAGUCAUCAUGGGAGGACCCUGGCUAAUCUGGAAGAUGAUUUCUAGUUUGAGUGGACCAUCUGUAGUAGCAUGGGCAUCUGGCGAAGAUGACCACUUUGUGGCCAGAGCAGAGCAUGACUUCAAUGGGAGUGGAGAAGAAGAGCUUAGUUUCAAAUCAGGACAGCUUAUCAAAGUAGCCCCAAAAGAAAUUCAACCCAGGAUGAGAGGAUGGCUGUUAGCAUCUGUAGAUGGGAAGAAAGUGGGAAUCAUCCCAGCAAAUUAUGUCAAGGUGUUGGGAAAAAAGAGGGGUGCAAAAACCCAAACACAAUCUGUCCCAGGAGGUGUCAGUGGCCCAACAACAGUCCCCCCACUGACCACAGGAAACAGUGCCUCUGCACCCGAUCUGUUGUCCGAGACCAAAUCCUGCUGUAAAAAGUCAUGUGGUCAGUCAUCAAACGAACAGUUAAAAACAGUGGCAAGUGCCCCUGGCAUGGAAAAUGGUAAUUCCAUUGGAAUGGAAGAUAAUUCUUCAUUUGCAAAUUUAGAGGGUGCUUUUUUAAGCGAUUCUAGUUUGCAAAACAGAGGUAACAGUGAACCAGAAAAUAUGAAUGCAGAGGACAUUUUGAAUGCCACGGAUGACAAGGUUAUGAACUGAUUUUUUUUUUACUUUUAUGUUAUUAUUGGAAUUUUUUCAUUAUAAGGAUUUCGGAUAUAAUUUGGUCUUCAAUGAUUGAGAAGACGAAAAUACUUUCAAUGCCAUUUUAUGUACAAUACCUGUAUAUGUAAAUAACACUUUAAAAUUGAUGUUAAUUUAUUAUGAUUCUGUGUAAUAUUAGAGAGUGAGAGUGUGAUUAUAAAUCAUGACACAAUCAGUUAUUGAUAUGAUGUAUAAGUGAUGCAAUUGAAACUUAUUGUUGCAAAAUGUCAAAUAUUAUCUUUGAAAUGGUAUUUGGGUUUGUCUGUUAGUAUUUAAUGAGUCAGUUUCAACUUGUGGUUCCUGAAAAUUGUCAUUGAGGUAAUGAAAUUGAUGCAAUGCAUUUUCUGUGUCUAUUUUUUUUUAUUUGUUUAAUAUGAUGAUGAAGGUGAUGCUGUAAAACAUAAAAGUUGUGUUUUCAAUAUAGAGGACAACCAUACAUGUACAUAUAAAUGUUUAAAUCCAGUAUGUCAGGUUUGCACAUCCAUGUGGUAAAUUUGGCAUUGCUUGUAAACAUAUCAGCUAUAGUGAAAUAAACAGUAAAGUUGCUGUUUGUGAAUUGAGGUAAAGUGAAAUAAACAGUAAAGUUACUGUUUGUGAAUUGAGGUCAGAGGAGCCAUUGAUUGUACCAAAUUAAUUUUACUGCCGAUUUGUGGAAACUCUAUUAUAGUCAGUCUUAACCAUUAAAAUUGUUAGUGUUCAGAAAUAUGAUUGGAAAAUUCACAUAGUUUUGUUUUGAUGUAUCAAAAUAUGACAGUAAAUCAUGGCUACAGCAAG